AUGCCUUCAGAUGGACACUGCUUGUUCUCGGCAUUAGUAUGCCAGUUCUACCACUCGGACCCAGGUGAAGCUGAACAUUCAAACAAAGUUAUGGAGCUUCGAAGGCAAGUAGUGGAAUACAUAAAAAACAAUAUGGAAGACUUCCGGGAAACACUGAACGACACCGCAAGCACGUUGGACCACCUAAACGGCUAUGAUGUAGAAAGCAAAAUAGAAGACUUUCUAACCAGGCUGUCAGAAAGCAAUGAAUGGGGCGGAGCAGAAACGAUCUCUGCGGCAGCUAACAUCAUGAGAAGAAGAAUCGACAUAUAUAAUGAAAACGGAGAAAUAAUUACCUUCAACAGGAGCGACACUUGCAGAGGAGUGCUCAGAAUAGCAUAUCGUCUGGGUAUCGAUAAAAGGGGAAGGAAAGGAAGGGCCCUAAACAGGGUACACUACGACAGUGUAAUCCAAAGAGUAAGACCCGCAACCGAAUCUGAAAAUAGUAAAGGAAUCACCAACAGCUCAGGAAACUUUGCACCACCGAAUUCGCAAAUUCAUAACUUCCAAAACAUUGCUGGAAACAAUGUAUCCCAAAUACCAAAUGAUCUGGGAAUCCCUUCUGAGGAAAUGCCAGCAGAACACAACGAGAAAGAUAAAUUCGUAUUUAUGAGCUGGAACGUUAGAGGAUGCGCUGACCAAGCAAAAAGAAACGAUAUGGAUAACAUGUUUAAGGAACAUAACUACGAGAUAAUCGCACUACAGGAAACUCGAAUCGCCGAAUGCACUCUCGAAACGAGCAACUAUUACUGGUUCAAUGUAAACACCAAUAGCACCAAAAACAGAAUAGGAGGAGGUACAGCUAUUUUGGUCAAAAAAUCCAUUAUGAUGGAAAACAGUUUCAAGAAAAUCAGCGAUAAUGCGUGUGCGAUAAGGGUAAACAUAUUCGGAUUCAAUCUAAUAUUCAUAUCAUGCUACAUAAGAAACGAUAAUAAUGUCGGAAAUCAAGAAUUCAGUUUGAUUUCCCGAUACCUACUAUCACUACCCGAUCAGUACAAGAAAAAUGUGAUAAUGGCUGGAGACAUGAACGCCCACAUUGGAACCCACGACUACUCUGAAUCAGACAAAUCAAUAAUCGGAAAGAAUUUGUUCCACCAAUCAAUCACAGUCAGUCCGGAUUACGUGGACCAACGGGAGGAGUUCAUCCCAAUUAGAUCACAUUUUGAUGACGGAAAUGAAUUUUAUGAAAAUUCCACGUAUCAGAGCGUUCUACGACAGUACACUACGAAGCGAUCACAAAAUGGUUGA